CGUCACGUUCCGCCCGGGGCCUCGGGGCCUCGUUGCGCGCCCGGCGAGGCGGGGGGGCGGGGCUGAGGAGCUGCUGCGCCUGCGUUGUGGGCGUUCUCCGCGAGCAGCUGCCGUCGCCGCCGACGCCACUGCUGCGUUCGGGUGUAGAACCUGGAAUCCCUGCGCCUCGGUAACAAUGAAGCAGAGUUCGAACGUGCCGGCUUUCCUCAGCAAGCUGUGGACGCUUGUGGAGGAGACCCACACCAACGAGUUCAUCACCUGGAGCCAGAAUGGUCAGAGUUUUCUGGUUUUGGAUGAACAAAGAUUUGCAAAAGAAAUUCUUCCCAAAUAUUUCAAGCACAAUAACAUGGCAAGCUUUGUAAGACAACUGAAUAUGUAUGGUUUCCGUAAAGUAGUACAUAUUGACUCUGGAAUUGUAAAGCAGGAACGAGAUGGUCCUGUUGAAUUUCAGCAUCCUUACUUCAAACAAGGGCAGGAUGACUUGUUGGAGAACAUUAAAAGGAAGGUUUCAUCUUCAAAACCAGAAGAAAAUAAAAUUCGUCCGGAAGAUUUAACAAAAAUUAUAAGCAGUGCUCAGAAGGUUCAAAUAAAACAAGAGACAAUUGAGUCCAGGCUUUCUGAGUUAAAAAGUGAGAAUGAGUCCCUUUGGAAGGAGGUGUCAGAAUUACGAGCAAAACACGCACAACAGCAACAAGUUAUUCGAAAGAUUGUGCAGUUUAUUGUUACAUUGGUUCAGAAUAACCAGCUUGUAAGUUUAAAACGUAAAAGACCUCUACUUCUGAACACUAAUGGAGCCCAAAAGAAGAAUCUGUUUCAGCACAUAGUCAAAGAACCAGCUGAUAAUCACCAUCAUAAAGUUCCACACAGUAGGACUGAAGGUUUAAAACCAAGGGAGCGGAUUUCAGAUGACAUCAUUAUUUAUGAUGUUACUGAUGAUAAUGCAGAUGAAGAAAGUAUCCCAGUUAUUCCAGAAACUAAUGAGGAUGUUAUAUCUGAUCCUACCAACUGUAGCCAGUACCCUGAUAUUGUCAUUGUUGAAGAUGACAAUGAAGAUGAAUAUGCACCUGUUAUUCAGAGUGGAGAUCAGAAUGAACCAGCCAGAGAAUCCCUAAGUUCAGGCUCUGAUGGCACGAGUCCUCUCAUGUCUAGUGCCGUCCAACUAAAUGGCUCAUCCAGUCUGACCACAGAUGAUCCUGUGACCAUGAUGGAUUCCAUUUUAAAUGAUAACAUCAAUCUUUUGGGAAAGGUUGAGCUGUUGGAUUAUCUUGACAGUAUUGAUUGCAGUUUAGAGGACUUUCAAGCCAUGCUGUCAGGAAGACAGUUUAGCAUAGACCCAGAUCUCCUGGUUGAUCUUUUCACUAGUUCUGUGCAGAUGAAUCCCACAGAUUACAUCAAUAAUACAAAAUCUGAGAAUAAAGGAUUAGAAACUACCAAGAACAAUGUAAUUCAGCCAGUUUCAGAAGAGGGGAGAAAAUCUAAGCCCAAAACAGAUAAACAGCUUAUCCAGUACACUGCCUUUCCACUUCUUGCAUUCCUUGAUGGGAACCCUGCUUCUGCUGUUGAACAGGGGAGCACAGCAUCAUCAGAAGUUCUGUCCUCUGUAGAUAAACCCAUAGAAGUUGAUGAGCUUCUGGAUAGCAGCCUGGACCCAGAACCAACCCAAAGUAAGCUUGUUCGCCUGGAGCCGUUGACUGAAGCCGAAGCUAGUGAAGCCACUCUGUUCUAUUUAUGUGAACUUGCUCCUGCACCUCUGGAUAGUGAUAUGCCACUUUUAGAUAGCUAAAUUCCCAAGAAGUGGACUCUAUGUAUAUAUUCAUCAAAAUGAUGAACUAUUUAUUUUAAAGUAUUAUUUGGUACCUUUUUUUUUUGUAAAUUGCUUUGUUCUGUUUAAUUGGAUACUGUGGAAUCAAAAGCACCUUUUGCUUUUCUCACUAACCACACAGUCUUGCAAAGCUUUCAUAUGUUACUCAGCUAUGUAGGUACACAAGAUUUAAUGUACAUUAUUGCACAUCUUUAAGUUGGAUUUAUAUGGGCAUUUUUUUCCAAUUGUAGUAAAUUUGAAUUAUUUUUUAUAUAUAUGCCCAUUAACCCCAGUUAAACUUUUGUUUUACUUGUUUGAUGCUGUCUGUUUGCAUUGAGUGUAAGUCACUAAAAUUAAUGGUAGAGCUCCUAAAGCUUUCCUCUGUUCCUGUUACUUUUACUAAGUAUUUUUCACUUGGCUUAUUUCUAAAACUGGGAACAUAAAGUGCCUGUAUCUUGUAAAAUUUCAUUUGUCUCUCGGUUCAGAGAAGUUCAUGUUCAACAGGAAAGGCAAAGUAUACAUGAGUGCUUGAUGUCUGAUAUGGUUCCAGUUCUGUAUACAUAGAAGGAAGGGGGUGGGAUCGUGUCAGCCCAAUCCACCUACUUGGACUAGUUUUAAGUAAAAGUUUUUUGGUUUGUUUUUUUGAACCAUAAUAUUUAGUAAAAUAAAUAUAAUGAAUGUUGCAUAUUAGUGUCUGUUAUGUGUCUUCUUUGGAGAUGACACCCACGUGUACCAUUUUUUUCUUUUCAUAGGAAGUAGAUAGACUGAAACUGUAAAAAUUGAGUCUGUUAUCCAUUCUUAAUAUGAGUUACACCAUGAAUUUUGUGCCUCAUCUCAAAAGAUAAACUGUGUAUUGCAAUAAGGGAGGAAUAUAAAGUCUCUAAACUUAAUGUGUUUUAUAGUUCUUGGUUUAAAAAUUAUAGUGACUUGCUUUCUGUUUCUAAUAAAGAACUUAGAAGUAUGCCUCUCAUUGUUCCAAGUGAGUAAAGAACAUUAUCACUGGAUGCCACUAAGGGCCUAUAAUUUUUGUUCUGAGAGAAGGUAAGAGAAAGUCACAUCAGCUACACCUUUUGGAACUCAGAGGUGCUCAGAGACUAUAGAGACUUAAUGCAAGAGAAGGCCACCUCUUUUAUCACUUAAAGACAGGCAGGGGGCCAGAAGCAGUAUGGCUAAUGUCUGAGUAUUUUAUAGGGCUUAUUGAUGAGGAAUUACACAGAUGACUUCCCUAUUGGCCAUAUUCUGUCUCUUAAUAUCUUGGAAUUUCUCUUUUUAUGAUGUAAAAGAGCAGAGUAAAGCCUAGCACAGAGGGAUAGGAAACCCUUUCUUAGCAGAUCCUGAAAUAUUUGGCUCAGAGAGUGGGAUCUUGUGAACUAAUUAAAGGCCUCAGAACAGUUCCGCAUAAGCUUUCGUAUAGGUUUUCAGGUGAGAAAGAGUUGAGAGACUGAGAGGAGAGAGAACUUUAGAGAACUAAAUGUUCUUUUUAGGGUGUGUCACUACAGCACGUCCUCAAAUAAUACUUUGUUCACUUUUUGUUUCGUUUUAAGCUGAUGAGGAAAAGAAAUCAGUUCUUAGUUGGGGCCACUGUGUAGUUUGCAUGUUUUCUCCAUGCCUGCAUGGAUUUUCUCUAGGAUUUCUUUCCUCUCACAUAAGCAGAUUGGAAAAUAUAUUGUUUUUAUUAGUCUUUCUUAAAUGUAUGUAUGGAACACAUUUUAAUGUGUAAUACUGGAAGUAUUUUGUUGUAUGUCGUUUUGAUGAACAUGUAUAGAACGCUACAUUUAAGAAUUAGCACUUAGACCUUUGUUUCAAGCAUACAUGAAAUUUUUUUGAGAACUGGUUGUGCAUUAGGCUAUAAAGCAAAUAAUCAAAUUUCAAGGAAUUGGUGUCAAACAGACUACAAUACAAAUAAGCUAGACCUUGACAGUUUUGUGGAACAGUGCCUGGUGUUUUGCAGUGUCCCUCAAUUUGGGGUUACCUGAUUUUUUUUCAUGAUUAGACUGGGGUGCUGGGUUUUGGGAAAGAACAGAGGUGAAGUAUCAUUUUCAACAUAUAUCAAGGUACAUGCUAUCAAGGUUAACUUUUCAUUGUUAACCUUGACUUGGAUUGGAAUGUCAAAGGGAACGUUCCUGUGAGCCCAGAGGUUGUACAAUACCUCCAAUGCUCCCUCAAAAACAACCCAAGCAGCCAUGGUGCCAUUGCCUUACACACACCAGUCUUUUGUGAUUUUGUCUGCCAGCUGCAGAUUUUAGACUUGUCAGCCCUUGUAGUCAGCGUGACAAUUCCAUAUACAUAUCCUGUUGGUUCUAAUACACUAAAAAGUAAACAAGCUCUCUUUAUGCUAUAUACCUUAGAAAAUCAAGAGUGAAGGAAUGCUAUAGCUUUUGCACAGUAAAUGGGGAUACUUUGAGAGAUGUCACCGGGCAGUACUAAAAGGGGUAAUACUGGCCAAAUACAAGUCGAACAUAGGAACAGCGAGACAAUAAUUAAUUGAAACAUUUAAGGUCUUAUUAAAAAUUGAUAAGCUGAAUCUAAUGAAAAUUAAACGCUUUUGCUCUACAAAAGACCGUUACGAGGAUGGAAAGACAAAGCUAUGUACUGGGCGAAAAUAUUUUCAAACUACAUAUCUGAUAAAGGACAAGUAUCUAGAAUAUAUAAAGAACUCUCAAACUUAACAGAAAUAAACCAAUCUGAUUAGAAAAUAGCCAAAAGACAUAAAGAGUACACAUGGAUGACAAGUAUGCACAUGAAAAGAUACUAUACAUUAGCCAUGUGGGAAAGGCAAAUCAAAACCACAAUGAGGUAUCACAUUUCUAUCGGAACAGCUAAAAUAAGAGUGGUACCAAAUGCUGGUGAAAGUACAGAGAAACUGAACUCAUACAUCAAAGAUGUGAACGUGAAAUGCUACUGUCACUCUAGAAAGUAGUUUUGCAAUGUUUUAUAAAACUAAACAUGUGACUCAUCUACAAGGACUCCUGCCCCUUCACCUCUGACUCUGGGGACCCAGUAAUCUGUUCUCCAUUUCUAUAAUUUUAUCGCCGCAAGCAUGCUAUAUAAGCAGCAUCAUCCUGUAUGGGCCUUCUGGGACUGGCUUUUUUAACCCGGCAUACAGCCCUGGCGAUCCGUUGAAGUUGUACCAAUAGUCACUUUUUUAUAGUUUAGUAGUACUUCAUGACAUGGAUGUACUACUGUGUUUAAACCUUCACCUGUUGAAGUACAUCUGGGUUCUUUCCAGUUUGGGUUAUUACCAAUAAAGCUGCCAUGAACACUUAUGUAGUUUUUUGUGUGAGCAUUAGUUUCUCUGGGUAAAUAUCCAAGAGUUGUGUGGACAUUGUUUUGUGUAUAAUGUUGGAGAGACUCGGACCAUUUCAAAUGAGUUAUUAAACGUAAUAAAACUUGAUAAUUCAUAUGUAA